AUGAACGAUCCGAUCGUGCUCGAGGCCAUCAGCCGCGGCAACCCCGUGACCUUCUUCGACGUCACCAUCGGCGGCGUGCCGUCCGGGCGCAUCAAGUUCGAGCUCUUCGCCGACGAGACGCCCAAGACGGCGGAGAACUUCCGCCAGAUGUGCACGGGCGAGUUCAUGCGCGGGUCGCGGCCCGCCGGCUACCUCAAAACUCCGGUGCACCGCGUCAUCAAGGAGUUCAUGAUCCAGGGCGGCGACAUCCUCAAGGGCGACGGCACGGGCUGCAUCUCCAUCUACGGCGAGUCCUUCCCCGACGAGAACUUCAACCUGCGCCACAGCGGGCCGGGCCUCCUGUCCAUGGCCAACUCGGGCCCGGACACGAACGGCAGCCAGUUCUUCGUCACCUGCGGCAAGUGCGACUGGCUCGACGGCAAGCACGUCGUCUUCGGCAAGGUCCUCGACGCGACGUCCAUGAUGGUCGUCCACAAGAUCGAGAACGUCCAGGCCGGCGCGGACUCGAAGCCCAAGCUCCCCGUGAUGAUCUCCCAGUGCGGCGAGCUGUAA